UCGAGGCUCUACAAGUAUUGCGGUUCUUACCUCAGUCUCCAGAAAUACAUCGGUGGAUCAGUGCAAAGGAGGAGGAGGACCAAAGCACCGAUCAUGAACCGCGAGGAAGUCGGUUCUCAGCUUCGUCAAGUUCUGGAAAAGGAAGAGUUGUUGGCCCUUGCUGCUAGAAUAAAGGACAACUACCCCUAUUGCACAGAAAUGUACAACACUUUGCUACUGACCGCCAGGGAACUGAACGCUUGCUUCCAGUACGAGAUCUACGUGCCAAGGAAUUACCUUGAGUCACAUAUCAUCAUUUCGAGGUCACUGAUUGAGUGGAAGAAUAUGAGCAUAUAUUGCAGAGAGGAAGAGGUUGCUCUGCUCAUCAAAGUAAUGAAGGGCAGUCAUUUCUUGGAUAUAGUUAAAGAGCUACCAGUCAAUAUCUACUUCAUAUCAAACUACCAAGUAGAUGCAGUACUUGGGACAAUUCAAGAAAUUCUUGAGAGGCGACUACAGAAAAACCAGGAUUCAUGUUACGCCUAUGAAACUCGACAAGAAAGUCCUCUGAGAUGUCCAGCAGGUAUGAAGGUCCAGAGACUGGGGAGGGCAGGCGUCCAGAAAAUGCUGGAAAAUAAUGGAUACUGGAAGGACGCUCCUCUAGACCUUACUUGUAGCUUGGAGCGGAAAACUUGCCAAUGCUGGGAAUUUACUUAGACCCAGAUGUUGUAGAGGAGAAGGUCAUUGAUUUAAAUGACAUCAGUUUUGCAGAAGAAAAAGCAACACCAAUUGCGCAGGUAGGCUCUACCCCUCACGGUACUGUGGGCUGGUUGUGGACUGAUGUUAAGUACAGGAGGCGAGGCCUGGGAAGUCUCCUCGUCGAGGUGAUGGGUCGACUCCAGAUGUCCGAGGGGUAUUUUCCUCUUGGAGUUGUGUUCUACUAUAAUGACGCCUCUGCUAGAAUGUUUAAGAAGCUGCCAGGCUGGAGGGAAACCCACUGUGUCAACAGGAUAGUCCCUGCUCAGUGAGGGGUCCUUACAUUAGUCCAGAUCCAUUGAGAGGUUGGGUCUUGUAAUUCAGUCAGCAUUUUCACACGAGAACCAUGAGUUGUCUUGAUUUCAAUCCUACUAUUGUAAAUUGAGGUUUUUGAUGACUUAUCUGAUGGUGCAGGGACUUAAUACAUUAGGUACACCAUCCGAACAGUAAUACUAAGUACACUGUUUUAUAUAAGUGAUGAAUUACUACCUUUCAUCUUUAUUGUUUGUGUUUUUUUCAAACAUCCUGGAAACCUCCUUUGAUCUUUUGAUAUCCAAAGAAAAUUAACCUUCCAGUUCUCAGUUCCAUCUUGGUUGCGACCACAGAGCUUCAUCUAACCUUCACGUACAUUGUUCACGUCACUGGAGUGAAUCCCAUCGAUGGGAUUCACGGUUAAAAUAAAAAUGGCAUUUGUCUUCUCUUGUGAAUAUAAAUCUGGACAUCUUACUGGUAACACACACAUACACAUACA